AUGGCUGCACUUCCGGAUGAAAAUGCAAGGCUCAGCCCAGCAGUUGAAGAAGCAGAGUGGCCACAUUCUCCAACACCCAGCACCAAGGCAAAGGCCGAAGAGCAAUCGCCUUUCCCGCCCACACAGAAAGCCCCGCCUACACCUAAUUCUUCUCCAACACAAGGCUCUGGGCAAGGAAGUCCUGCUGCUGAAGGCCCAGCUUUGGCAUCUUCCCAUUGGGGCUUUAACAUCAAGCGAGCAAAGGUGCCCGGGCAGGGUGCCGGAGCUUCCGAGCCUGUCCAGUCCUCUUUGGCUGAUUUGAGAACCUGUGCUGCAUACACGUUAGCUGCUUCUGGACGCGCAACAAGCAUGGACCAGGUGAACCAGGUUCUUUGGGACAAGACCUUGUUCAAGCACAUUGAAGAUGUCGACAGUCUUUACGGCUAUGUGCACAGCAUGUUGGACCGCGCGCAUUCUGAGGAAGAAAGGAAUCACAGAGAUCUUUCAGCUGAUCCGGACUAUGAUGGUAGUCGCAAUUUUCCUGCGCCGUUCUACAAAGCUUCCCAGCGUUUGUGCCUGAAGAAUGGGUGGCACUUGGGCAGCUUCCUUCUGAGUAUGCAAAACAACAUUGCCUACUGUGAGCAUAGAUGCACAAAACUUACACCGGAAGUGGCUAAGUCAGAGAGAAGCUUUGAAGAGGCCCCCAUCUUUGAGCGUGUGGCCACAAGCGCAGACCAGAAUGAUGAGGAGUUGCAGUGGCCAAAGCGAGGCAUUACAUCCAAGAAGCUGCGUAGAGAGCAGGUGGAGCAGGCAAUCGUGGAUGAACUUCCGGACUUGUCCUCUGGAUGGACAGUGGCUGAGUUGAUGCGUGCCAUAGAAAAGUCUUUGGAAUUGAGGGCAGAGGAGUUGACCAAACACAAAGGCUUGAUCGAAGCCAUUUUAGACCGCCGCCAACACCAGGAGUUGGAGGAUGCAAUCGGGCUUUGCAUGGACACGGCAGAGGAGGAAGGCAAUAGCCUGCGAGGUGUUCAUGAUGACCAAUUCUUGGCAGCACUGCGGGCUCACCUCAACUUCCCCCCUGCUGCCUUUUCCAAGUGCACAGAAGAAGCGCUGCAGAUUUGGAAGCAGCGCAAGGAGGCCAUGGAGACAGCCGUUCCUGAGGUGGUGGCAGCCGACUAUGUCCAUGAGAUUUCGCCUGCCAUUAUGGUUGUCUUGGGCGGCGCCGCUUCUUCGAGGAAGUCGCCGAAUAAUGCCUUUGCUGUCCACAUGAUUCAGAACAGCAAGAACGCGGACACCACCAUGAAAGAUUCAUACCUGGUUGAAGCAACCUUGAAGGGGUGUCGCACAAGCAUCUUGAACAACGGUGGCUUUGCCUGUGUCUCCGAUGAGCUGUCCAACACCCUGCAGACUCCGUGGUCUGAUCACUCGGCAGGGAUCAAUUUUCUCUCAAAGAGCAAGCUGAACACGUUCAGCCAAGCAGAGCACGAUAGCGUCGUCACUGCAGCUGGGAGAAUGUGCCUCAAUUCCUACAAGACUAUGGUAAAGUUGUGGGGACAGCUUGAAGCUGCAGAAUGGGUGCUGCGCCCUACGCCGAAUGGCUUUCCCAAGAGGUGCUCCGUCGCUUGGUCACCCGACAGAAAUCCAGUCGACCCAGACGUGGCUGCUGGCAUGUCAACAGGUUUCAUUGCCCAGCUUCAUGACUUUGCCCUUGGAUUUCCUGGUGCGCGACCUUCUCGCUGUGGUCCAGAUGAAUAUGCCGCCACGAUCUUGCAGACUGUUCGCAGAGCGGUUCACGAUUGGUUGGAUGAGCACCACGUGGAUUCGAACCUGUCAGCAAAACUUGGCUUCGUUGGAACGGAUAUGUUGAGGUAUGCUCAGGUGAACAUGCGCAUUGCACAGUACUGCGAGAUGGCUGCAGCAUUCUGGCAGUGGGAGCGCCAAGUUUUCUUGGUGUGUGGCUACCUGCGCUACAUCCGUGGAUUGGAACGCAACCUCGGCCUCAACGACCGCGACCGGUCCAUCUGUGGCUUGGCAGCCGGAAUGCUCCAUGCUGACGCACCAGUCAACUACAAGCAACAGGCCUUGGAAACAGCAGAGGACAAGCUGAAGCAUGAUAUCCUAUCUUGCCCGAAAGCUCGUGGAGAGUUCACUUCAGCCCUCAUGCGAGAGGAGCUUCGCCACAAACAUCGCAAAGCCAAAGACUUUAAGAGCAUGCUCCUGAAAGCUAUCGACGGCCUUGUGGCCCAUGGCCUCUUGCUCUGUGACAAAGAUCCCCGCAAAGAGAUGCGGCCAAAGAAGAAGCGCCGCAAGAAUCAAGCCGCUCAGGGCGCGGAAGAACCUGAAGCUGCGGCAGAUGCUCCUGCUGCCGGGGAACAGAAGGAAGUGGCGGCGUCCAGAGUUGUUCUGUCCCUUCGCAAGCCGGCCUUGGCGGAGUUGACUGAGGAAGCUGAGGCAGAAAGGCUCAAGAUGUCUAACACAGUGCAGAAAUGGGCAUUGAAGUUUCCGCGAAAACCGAAAGCUUCAGCCCAGCCAACCAAAGGCAAGAAGAGUUCUCAGAGCCCGUCAUUACUUCUCCCAACGCCUCGCAGCAGUAGGACUGACGAUGGUGCCGAGGGCCAGCAGCCUGCUGCUGCACCAGCAGAUUUUGAGCAGACUCCAAAAAAUGAAAGGCUGCCAGAGAAACACUGUCAAAGCUUAGAACAGCUGGCAGGAAGAUUAGCUUGCGGACGUACAUCAUCGGUGUUGCUCAGCAUUUUGGGGACACAUCCUUUUAAGCGCUCUGCCCCUGAGUCCCUGCCAACACUGACAAGCAACGCUCCCUGUCGCAGAAUGACUGCGACGCUUCAGGGCAGCAUGGUGUUCGUGCUGGACACUUUCACCAGGAGGGGCAAACUGCACGCAGACAUUGCCAAUGUUCGCCGCCGAGCUGACCAAGACUGGACACUGGGCUCCAUCUCCACAGUGAAGGCAGAUUGUCUGACCGAUUUCCGGGUGGAACUGGUUGUCACAGCAGUGUCGGGAACACAGGUUCGAUUGGAACGGCUCUGCAGCACACAGCUGGGUGGCGCUCUCACUCUUGUGCCUGCACUACCCACUGCAGCCGUCCAGCAGCCCAUUGACACAGCCCAUCCUGAUGCGCAUGUGUUCCCAGCUGCAGCCCAGGCGCACGCUGAACGUCACGGGCACAAAAUCAUUCCUAUGCGCGACAGAGCUGGGACUGAAGUCAUUCUGGACAUACCAAAUUGCAAGUCUUUCACACAUUGCCCAUACAGAUGUUUGACAUGCAAGCAAAAUUCAAAGGCUAGCAAUUCGGAGCCAAGCUACUUCAAUUUCACUGAUGAAGAUGUCAGGCAAACCUUUCCUCAUCUUUGCAUCGUCCGUACGCCCAAGGAGAAGAAGCAUUACAUGACCAAAAGGUAUUUGUUGGAGGUAUUGCUGCAGUUCUAUUGCAAACUGAAUUGCCGCGAGGUUCGGAGAAGUCUUAUGGACAUCUGCUGUGCAAAUUCUCUACAAGCCAAUCUGCUCCAGCAAGCUCAAGCCGUACCGAAGAGCAAGGUCUUGCGCCAUGUUGUGGUUCAAGCAUUUGGCCGUUGCCUUGACGACAUUGUUGACUCCUUCCAACAAAAGCUGUUUCUCUACAAUGCACAAGGCAUCCGCCAUGAUGGCAAUAUGGGGUUGGCCCGUACAAUCGAGCAGUCGGUGCCCGUCUUCCAUGCGACGGACAACUACAGAGGCCAAAGGUUCAGGCUUGCUGCCAGGUACCAUGCCUCUUGGCCUGAGCUGCGCCUGCAAUCCUUCGCCAGAACUCGCAAAGGAGAUGCUGAAAGACGGUCUGUAAUCCCAGUGAAGGAGAUGGAACAAGGUUGCACUAUCGUUGGAGAUCCCCAGCACGAUAUCAUCAACCUUUCAAAGCUGUUGCACGGACGUGCAGCAGACAAGGAUGACUUGCUACGGGAUCACUGCGAUUUGAUGCACAGGCUUUCUGGCCCACAGCCGCCAAACCUGAAAUCAGAUCCAGUGCCAACUAUAUAUACUGAGCUCAGCGAAGCAGCGGCUUGCUUACUGCGGAGUGCCUGUGUGGAUCCACAGCCGGAGUUUCGUGAGAAGAAAGCCAAAUAUGCUGAAGCCAUGGGCGAGCUGAAGGCUUUCUUAGGCUUGCCCCAUGUGCAGCUGUCUCCUACAUGGAAAGACAUCAUGGGCAGCCUUCCGCCGCGCGGAACAUUGGUUCGUGUUGCCAAUCGAGUUGAAGCUUCUCUGCAUGCUACAUCUCAAGGCUUUGGAUGGACCUCUCCGCAAGCCUUCCGCCGAGAAGCUCGCCGCAUCAUUCGCUGGUACAGGAAAGGCAAGAAAACCAUGCGCUACAACCGGAGCUUGCCCAGGACUCAACACGCGCCAGAAUAUGUGCGGGGCCUGAAAACUUGCUGGACACAGAAGGUUGCCUUGCAUUAUCGCAGAUUUUUUGGCAAGAUUCGUCAAGAAGGGCUUUGGUCUUGGAGGCUCAUGUCCAAAGCUAUGCGGCUUGCCAAGCUGUCGCAGCAAUCAGGCACUGUCAGUGUUGAGCGGGUUUGGUCCUACUACCUAGCAGAGUUUCCGCAUGCAAACCGUGGAAUGACGCUGGAAUACUUCAACGUCAUGAGUGCUCUGCUUUUCCUCAGGUUCAAUCUGCGGCACUUCAAGGCGCACCGUCUCCCAGGUUGGCUGGAGAAUGACGCAUUGGUGGCCACCAAGCUAGAUGCUAUCCUUGCUUUGGCCAGGUCUCAAGAGCCUGAAACAGACCUGCAUGAUUUUGGAUCCAUUUUUUCUUCGCUCCGAUGCUCCGAUGACCAGUGA